AUGAUUGAGGGGUGGAAGGUCCUUAAAGAAACUGAGACGCUAUCUGACCAUCUCUACAUUAGUUUCUCGGUUAGGUCUAAGAACUACAACCGGUAUCAGAGAUCAAUCCCGAGAGUGCACUGGAGGUUUGAUAAAUUGGACCAAGAAACCUUUGAACAGGCGAUCGAGUGGAGCUGUGCCGUUGGACCGACACCGGAGACUCUUGAGUCGUCUGAUGGGCCGGCACAAUGGCUCCGCAGAAUCAUGACGGAGGCGUGCGACGCAGCUGCCCCCAGGGUUUCAAAACGAAUAGAAAAGAGAUUUGUUCACUGGUGGAAUGAGGAUAUUGACACACUCAGGAAAGAAUGUAUACGUAUUCGCAGAUUGUGGACCCGUGCUAGGAGAAGAGGAGACAACCAAAUGGAACCGGAAUCAGCAAGAGCCUAUCGUGAAGCGAGAGAUCGCCUUAGAAAAGAGAUUGGCAAGGCCAAGAAUCGAGCCUGGGCGGACCUGAUUGCCAGCAUCGAUAGAAAUCCAUGGGGUCUACCAUACAAGGUGGUCCUCAAGAAGUUGAAGAAGGCAGACACUAGCCUUACACAUACUCUUAGUAGCACGGAUAUGAAUCCUUUACUGGACUCCCUGUCCCCCCAGGCGAGGCCACCGCAGAUCAUAGACUGGCACGCCGUGGGCUAUCGGUGGGAGGAAUGCAUGGCGGUUACACCGGCGGAAGUUUUAAACGCGGUUCGAUCGAGAAAGAAAACUAAUUCAGCACCGGGCCCGGACGGGAUAUCUGUUCGCUUUUGGAAGAGGGCUCCGCCAUGCCUCUUAAACAAAAUGGCCGUGUGCUUUACGGUUCCUGUUUAA